AUGCUACAUCAGGUGACACAGGGCAUCAGGACAUGGACUAUGAACCGUCAGCUGCUGGAUGAGGAGAGGAUAGAGCUGGUCCAGUGGAAGAGGAUUCACGAAGUUCCGCUUCUGCGUGCCGCCAAAGAAAAUGAUAUCCGACUACUCAAAGAGCUUCUGGAAGAUGAAAAAUUUGACCCUUUCCAAAGAGGUGCUGAGGGAGAAACGGCUUUACAUGUGGCAGUCCAGCAUGAGAACCUGGAGGCUGUGGAAGUUCUACUAGAUGAGGCACCUGAACUGAUUAACCAGCCCAUGAACUCCAACCUCUACCGCGGUCAGACAGCCUUACACAUUGCUGCCGUCAACCAGAACGUGAACCUGGUUGUAACUCUGAUCCGCAGAGGCGCUGAUGUCAAAUCUCCACGGGCUACCGGGAGUUUCUUUGCCCUGAACCCCAAAAAUCUCUUUUAUUUUGGUGAACAUAUCCUGACCUUUGCUGCUUGUGUAGGUGACACAGAAAUUGUCAAACUGCUUCUAGACAAUGGAGCUGAUCUGUGGGCUCAGGACUGUUGGGGUAACACGGCUCUGCACGUUCUCGUUCUACAACCCAAUAAAAGUCUUUCGUGUCAGAUGUUUGACUUCCUGUUAUCCCAGGAUCGCGAGCCUCAUGUGAAGCUUCUGCAUGAGAUUGCCAACAGACAGGGACUCACUCCGCUGAAACUAUCGGCAGUUGAAGGAAACGUGGUGAUGUUCCAGCACUUGAUUCAGAGGAAACGCCAAACACAAUGGACAUUUGGCCCAGUUACCACUGUGCUGUAUGACAUGUCAGAGUUGGAUACAUGGGAAGGACAAUCCAUAUUGGAGUUAAUUGCAUCAUCAAACAAGAGUCAGGCUCACAAAAUAUUAAACAUUUCCCCUAUGAAAGAGUUGUUACAGAAGAAGUGGCAGAAAACUGGACGGCCAUACAUAUGGAUCUUGGCCAUAGUCUAUAUGUUAUAUAUGGUCUGUGUGUCCCUCUGCUGUGCCAACCGACCAAUCAAACCCCGGGAAGACAACGUCACUGAUCCUAUGGACAUCACCUUGUAUGUCCAGAAAACCCUGCAGGAAGCGUAUGUCACCCCAGCAGACCACCUGAGACUGAUCGGUGAGAUAAUAUCUGUGAUCGGUGCAUGUGCCCUUUUGCUGACUGAGGUCUCACUGGUAUAUAAAGCUGGGGCAAGGUGCUUCAUCAGUCAUACAUUGUGGAAGGAUCCGUUCCAUCUGAUCAGGAUUUCCUUCUCUUGUCUGAUCCUGGUGGUGCUGAUUAUGAGGCUGACAAAUACGGACGGUGAGGUAGUCUCUAUGUCUGCGGCGUUGGUGUUUGGUUGGUGCUAUGUCAUGUAUUUUGCACGUGGAUUCCAAAUGGUUGGACCGUUCACCAUCAUGAUCCAAAAGAUGGCUGCCAGUGAUCUCUUGAAAUUUUGUUGGCUGAUGGCCGUGGUGGUGGUUGGUUACAGCACAGCUCUGUAUAUCAUAUUCCAACCAGUAAACCAAACAGCUCUUGGUGCCUUCUACCCAUACAUGAUCUCCUUGGAAAGCACCUACCAGCUCUUCCUGAACAUCCUCAAUGGCCCCGCCAACUAUGAUGUGGAUGUCCCUGAAAUGUACAUCUUACUGUACGGCUCAUUUUGUGUUAUUGCCUUCCUCCUGAUGUUCAACCUGCUCAUUGCCAUGAUGGGAGACACACAGGCAACCAUGGCGAAGAAGAAAGAAGAGUUAUGGAAAGCACAGAUCACUGCCACCACGGUAGCUAUGGAGCAGAGGUUCCCGAAAAAUUGGUGCUUUGGCUCAAGGCCAAAUGAACAUGACUUGGAGGAAAGACAUUACCUAAUCGUGGAAGAAAGGAGAUGGCAUCCCUUCCAGCCGCAUGAGACCAGUGACUCCAGUGAAGAGUCAGAUGAAGAUACCGCACCUCAGAACCCGGUGGAGGACGAUCCAGAGGAUGGUCUUGAGCCCGCCAGGGCAGAGAUUCCUGAUGGAAUGACAACAGAAGAAGAAUUAGAACAAAGCGAAGAGUGUACAUGGGAAGAAGAAAUCUAUCGGCUUUAA